AUGUGCCUUUUUCUGUGUCUGUACCAGCUGUUUAAAGAAGGUGCUCGGAAAGUCGGCGUGUGGGGCGGUUUAUGCCGCAGUGAUGUCUUUUCAGUCUGCGUCCCGUUCUUCGAAGAAGAGAAAAGAGCAAAGCUCGCAGAGGCUGCAGAGAGAAGACAGAAGGAGGCUGCAUCUCGGGGGAUUUUGGAUGUUCGAUCUGUGGAAGAAAAGAGAAAGAAAAAAGAAAAAAUAGAAAAACAAAUUGCCACAUCUGGGCCACCACCAGAAGGUGGACUUAGAUGGACGGUUUCAUAAAGCAUAACGUGCGUGGAAGAGUCUACUGCCAAUAACUGUUUAAUAUCUGCAAUCAAGUGGACUUCCUCAAUUUAAGUUUUUCUCUCUGAAUAAGUGAAGAUUCAGAAUUUGUAAUAUUAUUGCCCUUAAAUGGAAUGCUAAGUCUAUAUUGAAAAUAUUGAAAAAAAGUUUGAUUUUCAAACUUAGAAAAUGGCCAGACUUUUAUUUUCCCACAUUUGCUCUUCUUCAGUUAGUGGGUGAUUUGCCAUUUUUUUUAGUAGUUAAAAAAUGGAUUCAAUAUAGUGAAUACUUAAACAUUGCAUGUACAAAUUCAGCAUACAUCUCUGAUAUUAAAAUUUGCAAUUAUAUUUAUAUCCUUUAUAAAAUAAGCUAACUGCUUAUAUUUGUGCUGUUUAGCCUUGUAUCUGUUUUUAUUUCACUACAUGUGAAGACUUUUGAUUAAACUUUUGGAUGUAGUGCCUUUAAACUGAUCAUCAGGGAAAAUCUUGAAAAAAACACCAUUUGAAGGGCUUUUGUGAUGUAACACUGUACAUUUUUAUAACUUGGUAAGUCAAAUAUUUUGGGGCAAGUUUUUUUUUUGAAUUUGUUUUAUUUCUGUAGCUUAUGAAAUUAAUACAUUGUGUUUUACAUCACAAUAAGUUGCAUUUGUUUGCAGAAUUUAAAAUUAUAUAUUUGUGAUACCAUCAGAGGGCAGUGAUGUACUAUUGUAUAAUAUUAGAUGCAGCUCUAUAAAGACCUCUGUAGUAAUUGAAUGAGUUAAGCUAAUAAUCUGAAUGGGUUAUAAUGAGUGGUAAUAUAUUUAUCUAAAUUUUGUGGGGUUUUUUUGUAUUUAUUAAAGAAUGACCAUAAGAUUUAUACAGAUGUGAAAUUGCCAAGGCAAGUAUGAAUGUAUGAAAGAGAAACAUGUAGGUACUGUAUUUAAAAAGGUCUACUUCAAACAAAAAAAUAUUGGGAGGUAAUUCUACACGAUGCAUAGUCGUAAAGUUUUUAGAUCUUUGUACAUUAGGAACAUGAGUUUUAUAGCAUUUUUUUUUUUUGCUUUGUCUUCUGAUAUAAUAAUAUGGUAAAAUAAAAGAAUUGCUACUAGACAUUGAGAUUACUAGCUUUUUGAAAUGGCAAGGCUACAUGCUGAGCCCUAAAUUAGAAUUUGCAGAUACUAAGUGCCAAUAGGAGCUGUCAAGUAGAGUUGCUCUCUUGCUUUACACAAAUGGAGCCACUGUCUCACCCAUCCCUCCCACAAGACUUAUGUUAACUGCGGUUUAUCUUGGUAAUUGGAAGGAAUUUGAACUAUAUAAUAUAGGUCUCUUGACUUCACAAGGAAAAAUUACUUUUUCUAUUAUGGUAUGAAAUAUUCUAUGAAUAUUCAGGCAAAAAAUAUAGUUAGGCAGAAUUGUCUUUACCCUUUAGAAAAUUAAUGCUAUUUUUGUCUAUAAAGGUUAGUGAAAUCAUUGAAUUGUAGUGUAGAAUUUAAAUUUUCCACUUUAUUAACAUGUUUAAUUUUUCGAAGACACAAAGAUCAUUCAGUGUUGAAUGGGUAUGGAACUAGAACUGUGCAAAUUUUUUCUCCCAUUUUAACAUAGUAAGAAAAAUUUCAUCUUCACUACAUCGUAAUGAAUUAGAACUUGGUUUGGUAUAAACAAAAGGUUUACUUCCAGGAAGUUAUAAUGGCUGUUCCUAACAGCAGUUUAAACCUGGAUGUCAUGCUUACCUACUGUUGACCCAUUAAUGAUAGUGAGGUAGAUUGUUUUUUUGGAAAGAAUGGGGCACACUGCUCCUUUCAACCAAGUCCUCCUUGACGAAUGUGAUUAGCUUUCCUGAAACCACAUGGGUUGCAGGGGUUAAGGGGUGAUCCCCAAAUAGCAACAUUGUUAGGAAAGGAAAGGGAUGAGUGGAUGCCUGAUAAGAAACCAGAAAAUGACUACUAAAAAUAUACAGGUGGUGCCCCCCAAAAAUGUAUAUACGUUUUAAGUAUGUUAUUUACGUAAAAGAUGGUGUUAAUCAAAUGAAUGCUGACAUCACAAUGCGACAGGCAGGACAAAGAAAAUGGCAGAAGCAUGGUUGAGCAAACAUGCUACACAUUGCUCCCGUCAUUAAACUUCGAAAAGUAACACAUAGAUAACAUCUCUUAAACCAUGUGUACAUGUUUUGGCACCCCCUAUAUUUAUAUCUGGACAUUUCUCUCGUAAAAUUAUGGAUAAGUUCCUCAGAAAACCUUAAGUAGAAGCCAGUUUCUCAUAAUUCACAAUUUAAAUAGGAGAACAUUAUAAUGCUUAAUAUGUCAAUCAAUUCCCCCAAGCAAAUUACAGAAAUAUAAAAACAGUAAAAUGCAUAUAUGUAGUGUUAAAUAUAAAAUGCUUAAAUCACUGCUUCUUAAUUCUAUUCAAACUAUUAUUAUGGCUGGUAGCAAAAAAAAAAUUGUAUGUAAUUAAACAGUUCCUUUGUGACAUACUGCAUGUCUUUAAACAUCUAUAUGUGAUUCUGUUGGUCCACCAUUUGUAUUUGGAAUAUAAUUUAAUAGUUUUCCCACACAUGAUUUUGUUAUAAAUUCUGUAUUGCUGUUUGGGAGAUAUAAAUAUACAUUUUUGUCAAUAUAAAAA